AUGUAAGAAUAAGAAAAAUAGGGAAUUGAUGAUGCUUUAUUAAUGGGCAAUUAAAAGAGAGGUAUUGAUUAUUAUUUAGAACAAUUAAAAUUAACUACCUUUCAAGUUCUAUUUGUUAUUCGUAAUAGUGAAGAUGAAGAAGAGGGAAUGUUUGGAUUCUAUUUUUUUAAUGCUCUUGAUUAUUUUCAAAUGCAUCAAUUUCCAUUUUAUGUAACAAUCUAUUACCUUUGGAAAUAAGACACUUUUAUGGAAUUUAUCACUCAAGUAUAAAACUUAUUUCAAAUAAGCAAUUACAUUCCAAGUUUAACUUAUGAAUCUCUUUUAAUGACUGUAUACAUAUUGUUAUUCUUUAUUUUGUUGAUCAUUCUAGACAUUAUUUAUGUUUCAUAUUCAUUUUCUCGUAAUCGAUUUUAUUGGCUUUGGCCACUAUUAUUAUUAAAGAAGAUUACUUCUUUUGUUGUAACUGUAGGAUUUUUACCUAUUACAGAGACCUUAACAUCUAUUUUAUAAUGUUAUGUAGAUCCAGAUACAGGAAAAUAUAUCAUAUAUGGUUACAAUAAUAUUUUUGUUGAAUGUUGGCAAGAUUGGCACACAUUUCAUGCAGUUUUAGAUCUUACAUUCAUUAUAUUUUUUUCAAUAAUUUGCAGUAUUGUUGCAUAUGCCUUUUUUGAACCAGCUAUGAAUACUAAUGAUAGAUCUGCAAGAUAGGAUUCAAAUGGAGAAGUAGCAUUUAUUACAAAUAAAAUUACUUGUUAAUUGAUGUUUAGUUUGCUUAGACCAAAUUAUCCUGAAUAAGCAUGGAUUAUGGUUAUAACAUCUUUUAUUUUAUCACUAUGGUUAUUUAAACAAUAUAAUUUUAAUGAUCCCUACUACGAUUUUUAAGUAGGAUUAUUUUAUUGUAUAUGCAGUACACUUUAUUUAUGGGCUUGUUUUAUGUUAUUAGUUUGUAAAGUAUUAGAAUCAACUGAUUUUACUGGAGGAUUUAUAGCCUGGUUGAUUGGUGUACCAUUUAUAAUUAGUAUAAUGUUAUUAACUAAGAAAUCUAAAAUUGAAACUCUUGUUAAAUCUUAAACAAAAUUUAGAAGUGGAGAGUAAAUUUGGAGUCAUAUUAGAUAUGUAUUACAACUUAUAUAAAAUUAAGAUAAAGAUAGAAAUUCUUAUAUGUUACUUGUUGGUUAUAUAGAAAAACAUAAAGAAACUUGUAAUUAUGAUGAUUGUCCUUUAAAAACUAAAUUAAAAUAAAGAAAGAAGGGAGGUUAAAAUGAUAUCGAUGAAAUAAUAAGAGGAUUAAUAUAAGAAUUAGAUAGGAUGUUUGUAUAAGGUUUAAAAAAGUUUCCAAAUUCAACUUAUUUAAGAAUAUUUUAUGCUUUAUUUUUGAUAGAAAGAAGAAAUAAUAAAUAGAAAGCUUUAGAAUAAUUUGAACUUGCUCAAUAUACAAAACCAGCUCUUUAUUAGGAGUUUAUCAUCUAUCGAUAUAAAAAAGAUAUUAGAAGUAAGGGAAUGAAUUCUUAAUAAGGAGAAGAUGAUGAUAUUGUUAAUGCAAUAGCAUUUAAAAAUUAUUUAUCUUUAUGUGAAGAGAAAAUGAAAUUUUCUGCAAAUUUACAUAAGGAAUUUUGGAUAGAAUUAAAGGAAGAUCAACCUGAUUUAGGUAGAUUAAUGAAUAUUGGUGCUAGAAUUAGUAGAGUAACUAAUGAAGCAAGAGAGAAUUAUGAAAACAUGUAGAAAAUAAAUUCAAAUAUGCCAUAUACUAUGUAAGUAUUUGGUAAUUUUAUGAUACAUGUAAUGAAUGAUUCGAAGGGAGGAAUUAAUUUAUUAAAUAAAGCACAAUAAUUGAAAGAACAUUUAAGAAAAAAUUAAUAAAUACAUAAAGAUAUUUUUAAUUUUGAAACUGAUUAAAUCCCAUUCAUUUAUGUAAGUGCUAAAAAAUCAGAUACAGGUAAUAUAUUAUAAAUGAAUUCAUUAUUUACAGCUUAUUUUGGAUAUACUAAAGAAGAAAUAGUUGGAAAGAAGAUAAAUAUUCUAAUGCCUUAAAAGUAUGCAGAAAAUCAUGAUAAAUAUAUGAGUAACUUUUUUGAUAAUUUUGUACUUAAUUUAAGAUAAGAAGUAGGAAUAGAAAGUGAAUAUUUAGAUGUUGAUUAAAAUAGAUUAUUUAAACAUAAAAAUGGAUAUCUAUUUCCAUUAACAUAUUAAGUUACUUUACAUUUAGAUUCUCUUAUAUAUAUUGCAACAUUCAAAUCAGAAGCUACACUAAGAACUUAAAUCUAUUUUGUUGUUGAUAAAUCAUCUUAGAUUCUAGAAAUGUCAUCUAGUGCUAUAACCUUUUUUGAAUUAGAAAUUAAAAAUUUAGGAGAUAGAAUAAAAUUGAAUGAUUUUAUACCAGAUAUAUUAACUAAGAAUGCCAAAGAUGUAUUCUCUAAAAUUCCAAAAAAAGAUGGAUUUUAUUAUUUUAAUUGUUAGGUAAAAGAAAUCAUUUUGCCAUUCCACAAUCCAAAUGAUAGUGAUGAAGAAUAAAAGAAAAGUGAACGUACUGGAUGUUAUAUAAUUCGUCUAGAUAAAAUUGAAAAAAAUGAAGCUAAUCUUAAAUAUAUGAUAAAAAAAGGAGCAUAAAAUACUGGUAGUGUUAGCAAUCCAGAUUCAGAAUUAAUUUUAAAAGCUACUUCUUAAUAAAAAAUAUCAAAUUUGGUUAAUAUGAGUUAAGAGAGUUAAAUUCCUUUAAGAAAUUAAGAUUGUUAAGAUGUAGAUCUUAAUUUAUUUAGUUAUAUGCAAGAAUUAUAUGAAAACCCAUAAGUAGAUGAAAUUAAAGAUCUAUUUAAAUAAUGUAAUGCUGAAACUGAGAGUAUUCCUUCAAUUGAUUUAGCUGGAAAUAUUAUCACCAAAAGAUAUAUUAAUGGAUAAAUUGUUAGUAUUAAUGAAGAAUAGGAAUAAUUAUUUUUAUAAAUUUUAGAAGAAGAAGAAGAGGAUAAUUCAUUAUUUAGAAAUUAAGGAAAUAAUUUUGAAGAUGAAGAUGAUUAUAAAUUAUUUACUUAUAAUAAUUCUGCUAAUUUGAUUUAAAUUGCUUUAAGGACUCAUCAUAGACAUCCUGAAAUUACAAUUUUUAAGAUUUAUUCAUCUUUAUGGAUAGUAUUCAUAUUGGCUAUGACUAGUUUAUAAUAAUACUUUUGUUCUGAAUAAUUUCAUAAUUAUAGAAUAGAUGUAGAUGUCUUAUAAUUAAUAAAUAAUUAAUUGAUUGAAAUUAAUAGAUUAACUUCUAGAGUGUUAGAUUUAGCUGUUUAUUCAGCUAAUCUCUAUACAUAUAAUACUACUGAAAUAGCAAAUGAUAUAUCAAUAUCAGCUACAUCUGUUAUUGAUUUCAAUUCUGCUAUGAAUUCUAUAGAUUAUUUAAAUUUCUAGUAAUAAUUUUAAGAUGAAUUAUCAUUUAGAUUUUAUAAAGAUAAUGGUUAUUAUGAUGAUUCUUUAAGACUAGAAACUGCAUUAGUAGUUUUUUGUUCAUUAGCUUUAAAUUCUUCAGUAACCAACUAUUAAUCUAUUACUUUUGAUAAUAUUUAUUAUUAAGGUGUGAUCCAUAAUUAUUUUGAUGUACUUUAUCAAAAAAUAUGCGAUAUUUCUAGUUCUACUUAUGAUAAUAUUAAAGAUAUAAUGGAUAAUCCAUAAGUAAAUUUAUUAAUCUUAUUAUCUGCAUCAAUAUUUGUAUCAGUAAUGGCUAUGAUCAAAUUUAUAUUUCUUAUGUUUGCUAUCAAAACUCAAAGAGAAAAUAUUCUAUUUCUAUUUUUGGAUAUUCCAACCUACCAUUUAGAUGUUCUUUAUAAGAAAUGUGACAGAUUCCUUAAAAACUAUGUAAGUAUAGAAGAAUUAUAAAAUAAAUAAGAAUAAUAAGGUUUUGAGAGUUCAGAAGAUGAAAAAGAACUUUAAGAAGAAAAAAUUGAAGUUUUAAAAUCACCAGAUGAGGAUGAAUCUGAUAUUCUAUUAAGAUAAACUUAAAAUAGAAAAAAGAUUAUAAAGAAAUAUAGAUAAAAUAGGAUUAAAGGAAAUUAAGGCAUUAUAAUACAGUAUUUAUAUAUAAAAUAAUCUAGAUUUUUUAUUAUUUCAGUUUUCACUUUAGUUUUCACUGUCUAUAAUAUACUUGGAAGUUAAUCUUAAUAAUCAUAAAUAAACUUUUUAUUGCCUUAAUAUUAUUAAAGUUUAUACACCAUUAAUAAUUAUGGUUAUUACAUUAAUAUUCAAAAAUUAAUGAUGCUUGAUUACACAACAAAAAUCAAAGGAAUUCAAGUUUCUGAGUAUGCAAUAAAAAAUCUCACUAUCUUCACAGGAAAUGCUGAAAGGAUGAGUUAGGUAAAUAUAAUUAUGAAAUUUAUUAGUUUAAUUUUGAUAUUUUAUCUGAAUUAUAAACAUUUAGGGAUAAAUAUAUCAAUAUUUAUUAUGGUAAUCUUUGUGAAUAAAUAAUGAAGAUUUCUGAAAUAGAUUAAUGUUAACAAAUUAUCAAUUCAAAUUUAUAAUUAGUAAUUUAUUUAUAUAUAAUAUCCUACUUUAGGGAAUGUACAAUACUGAAUCUUACUUUUUAGAGUAUUUUAGAAUUAAUAUUCAAAAUUUUUAUAAGAAUAUUACUUAAAAAUCUCUAUUAUUGAAUGCAACUCAAUUUUUUGAAAUUGAUAGAGCUUUAUAUAACUAUGUAUAUGAUGCAAUCACUAAUAUAAUCACUUAUGAAAGAGAUCUUAUUUCUAGUGGUAUGGAUAACAUAUAAAAUAUUCAAUUAAUCUUAUUAAUAAUCUUUAUAGUACUUUUAGUGUCCAUAUUUUUAUUAAUUUGGAUUCCAUUUUUGAAUGGGUUGAAUACUUAAAUUAACCAAACUAUUGAAAUGCUUAAUAUGAUUCCAUUGGAAGUAGUUAAAGAGAAUAAGAGUAUACGUAGAUUUGUAAAAUCUUUAAUAAAAUCAAUGAAUAAAUGA